AUGGCAGAUCAUCAUUGUUGUAGUUCACAUUGUCAUUCUGAUGAAGCAUCAUCAUCGAAUACAGAUCAAACGAAAUCAUCAAAUAUAAACGAAAUAUCUCAUGAUGAUUUACGUAAACAUUUAACAUUGAAUGAGAAUGAUAAUGAUAAUAAGAAUGAUGAAUCACAUACUGUAUCACAAUUAUUUGAUAUAGCAUGGUCAAAUCAAAAUGAUUUACAAAGUCCAUCAGCUAAUACAACAACAGAUGAUUAUUCAAGUAAACUUCUUCAUACAAUACGUUUACUUGAAUCAUUAGAAAAACGUCUUCAAUCACUUGAAUUAUUUAGUGAUAAUGAAUAUAUUGAUGAAUUAUCAACAACAAAUAUACGUUAUUUACUUGUAUAUGCAUUUCUUGCUUGGUUAUAUCAAACAAAACGUUCGAAACCAUCACAACGUCUUAUUAAUGUACAACAUGCAUACGAUUAUUAUUUAAAAUUUUUAACAAUGACGAAAAAUUAUGGUUUACAUAAAUAUUCUAUACCAAAAGCACCAACAAAUCAAGAAUGUGAAAAUACUGAACAAUUAUCAAGUCGAGAUGUUGAUAUGAUGAAAAUGGCACAAGAUCGCGCAUCAAAAAUUCGCGGCCAUUUAAAACGUCGUGAAGAAGAAGAAUCAAUGAAAGCAUUUGAAGAAGCAAUGAAACAUGAUUUAGCUGAUGAAGAGGCUAAGCGUAAUUUUUAUUUAAGCAAAAUUCAAUGGUGGAUUAAUAUAGCAUUGGAUGAUCUUGAUUAUUUACAUGAUGAACUUCGAGUUUUACUUCAACGUCAAUCAAUUGAAUCAACAAAUGAUGAAGAAAUUCAUAAACGACCUCAACGUAUGUCACCAUCACGUCCUUUAAAACCAAUGAUAAUUACACAUGAUCAAUUGCAAUCAAAAGCUAUUGGUAUCGGCUAUCCAAGUAUACCUACAAUGACAAUUGAUGAAUUUUAUCAAAGUCUUGCUCAACGUGGUCUUGCACCAACGCCUGAACAAGUCAAAGAAAUAAAUGCUGGUCCUAAAUUUCCAAAAGCAAGUGAUGCUGAAAAAGAAGAAAUUGCUAAAGAAACCUAUAUCGAAAAAGAUGAUCCAGAUAUGAUAAAACAUUUGCGAUCAAUGGAUGAUUUUAAAGAUGAUAAUCGACGUGGCGAAGGAAAUCGUCAUAAUCGUUCUUAG